CCAGACGGCGACUCCGCUUGCUCUCCCGCGGCAACUGCCGACGAGACGGAACAAAAGUUGCUCGGCAUUGUCAGCAAACCAUAGUGCCUGUACGCCGGCGGAACGUCACAGCCGCCAAACGACGCCAUCAAGGUAGCCAAGUGCUUCCACCACCUCCAGAAUCUCAGAUGACAACCAAGGACGUGGAGGCUCUCUGCGUUCGUCUCGGCCAGCUGUCCGCGGACGAAUUGCACUCUCUCGAUGACGUCAAAGCGCCCUGGCUUUCUCGGCUCAAAGGCAAAACAGUGGUAAAUGCCGUCAACAGGAUUCAGCGCUCUCUCGAUGCCGUCAACUUUUGGGAGCAUCGGCUCGCUUACGUCGCCUGGCUGUAUUGCUGGCUCAUGCGGCGGGACAGGCUUAGCCCUUGGCUUCUGUACCACUUUGACGUCCCUGCUGCUACAGUUGACUGUUCCGAGCUUCUGGGACACUUGGUUUCUUCGAUGAUGGAGCCUAUCUCCAACACGACGGCCAUGCAGGCUAGUGAAGGAGGUGCCUUGCACGCCUGUCUUCUGACCAUGGAGCCAGGAUUUGAGCCGCACGACCACAAGUUACUGUGCUUGUGCCUCUGGCCCGGAUUGCCCUUCGUGGCCGCCCAUUCGACGGGACUGAGGAUCCAGCGCCGGCUGAUGAUCACGCUCGGCCGUGCGCUGCGCGAAAUUCCAGUCGAAGUGGUGGGUGGUGUUUACAGAGACCUGAGUUCCGUGUUUGGUGCGGCCAUGCGUUAUUGCAGCGACCCGCUCGAGCAUCGGAUGACCGACAGAACUGAACGCCAAACCACCACCGAAGAAGAGCGGCAACAGGGGCGAUAAGUCCCGGGAAAUGACACCGACGGUCAAGUUCAAGGCCGCCACAUCCUAGGGGGUGCAUCUUCACGCACGCAACCACCGCGACAGCAUUGAAGGCUUCUCUUGAGUUCUCUUGAGUAUACCACGCUUCUCAUCGAUGUCACCACGAAAAUAUCUUAUGUCCAGAAGGACGGCUAGCGGCUCAUCCUGAAUGCAUUUUAUACAUUUCAUGAAUUCCCCACAGAGUUAGCUGCAGAGUCUACGCAAUAAAUAAUUUGAAGGAGCAAUUUGCAUUCGCGCCCACAGAACAUUUAUGACACUGUGGCGCACGGCAGGGUUAGGGUGCUUGCUCACUAAACGCUCCAGCAAGAAGCACACAAGUCGUAUUCGAGACAACUCUCCUGGCAUGAAUUUGCACAUCGAAACCUACACGACAUGCUGACAUACUAUGCCUGCUUUUAGGGUCAGGAUGUGGCCAUGCUGCUCGCUCUUCACUAUAGGAUGACCUGCAAAAGCUCCCUGCCAUAUCCAAAUGCGAAAUAAAACGGCAUGCUGUCACGGAGGAAGUGUAAUGACAGGUGGAUGUGCUUGAAUCAACACUCCCCAAAACUUGCAGUCUCAAACAAAAUCAUUUCAACGGACACUUUGCCUUCACCAUAUCAAAAUCAACGCAACGCCAACUUAAUUGUCAGAGACGGACAUCGUAAGCAGGAGUGUAGGAAAGCUAUGUUCUAGAUACCGGACGCAACUACGCCAUGUAGGCUCGUGUACAUUAAUCAUUUAUCCAGAUUUUGAAGUCAGGGACAACCAAAGACGCUUAUUCAGUGAUAAAGGGUAAAAGGUGACGACAAGCUUUGGCGUCAUCGGACUGAGAAUUCUGCGAGUGUCCAAACAGCGAUUUUUGAUUUUGUUAUUUUUUCAAACGUCGGAGUCAACGGACUGAAGUUUUUGAAUGAUUUCGUUUGCUACCUAAUGUCAUCUCUUCUUUUAGUUUUACUCACUCAUUCAUCACGCUCACAUUCUUGUAUGUUUUAGAUGUUUUUAGUACUUGUUAAACCUCCGUACAACCUGCGCUUCUCUAGUUUUAUGCUUUCGUCUUCUAUGAUUCCUUUAUGUAACGUGCGCAAUAUGUGUUUGUGUUGUUCUUCUCGGCACCCACGAAUUCUUCCCAUACCAUCAUAAAGAAACAUUAUUGCUUCUGAUGCAACUGUAUAGCUGACGCGUUUUUUUCCCAUGACCUCACUUGGCUGAUUCGCCACACUGUGUCCCUUUUGCAAUAAAUAAAGGUAUAACCAGUUAGUUCGCCA